GGCCCCAAAGCUGUAGCUGAGACGUCGCCAGUCCAUCUCACCCGCUCUCCGUCUUCCUUCUUCCGCUUCCGAGCCGGCGGGGAAGGACGAGCCCUGCGACCGGGCGCCGGAUACAGAUCGCCGUCGACGGCUCCUUUGAGGAUAAGAGCUCCGCCUCCGCUUGCUUCUUCGAUCUCAAUCGGAGGAGGAUGGGAACUUGGGAGGCCGUCAGAAGAGGGCGGCUCUUAAUCGCCUUGUUGGUCGCCGCCGCGGCGAUCCCGCCCGCCUCCUCCGCGGCUGCCACCACUCUUCCGAAGAAAGCGAAGGCGUCGAGCCCUCCGGAGCUGUUGUCGGAGCUUCCGGUCCACGCUGGUCGCCUGGUCCCGUCCUCCGUUGUCUUCCCCAUCUACGGCGACGUCUACCCCCACGGGCUUUACUAUGUAGUGAUGAACAUUGGCGAUCCGUCGAAGCCCUACUUCUUGGACGUCGACACCGGCAGCGACCUCACCUGGCUCCAGUGCGACGCCCCCUGCGUCAGCUGCUCCAAGGGGCCUCACCCGUGGUACCGGCCGAAGAAGAGCAAGCUGGUGCCCAGUGGAGACCCCCUCUGCGCCGCCCUUCACUCGGGCAUCGCCCAGGGCGAGAACAGCGGUCAAUGCGACUACGAGAUCCAGUAUGAAGACCGCGGCUCCUCCCUCGGCGUCCUACUCUACGACGCCUUCUCUCUCCGCCUCACCAACAGCACCCGCGCCAGCCCCAUCCUCGCCGUUGGGUGUGGGUACGAUCAGCAGUCCGCGGUCCAGGACGCCUCUGCGCCGACCGACGGUGUUCUCGGGCUUGGCACUGGGAAGGUUAGCGUUCUAUCGCAGCUGAGCAAUCAAGGGGUGACCAAGAACGUCGUCGGCCACUGCCUCAGCGGGAAGGGAGGAGGCUAUCUUUUCUUUGGAGACGAUUUGGUCCCCAGCUCUCGAAUGACUUGGGCGCCCAUGUCUCGUAUUGGAUUCCGGAACUACUACUCGCCUGGGCCAGCAAAACUCUACUGGGGGACACAGUCUCUGGGAGCGAAGCAAAUAGAAGUGGUUCUCGAUACCGGGAGCACCUUCACUUACUUUGAGUCUCAUCCCUACCAAGCAUUCCUCUCAGCUGUGAAGAGUGAUCUGUCGAAGACACCGCUGAUUGAGGAGUUCGAUGAUUCGGCCCUUCCGGUGUGCUGGAAGGGGCAGAAGCCAUUCAAGUCUGUGAGUGAUGUCAAGAAGUACUUCAAGACCUUAGCUCUCGACUUUGUGAAAGGAAAGAGAGCAUUGCUUGAACUAUCUCCAGAAAACUACCUCAUCAUCACAAAACAUGGCAAUGCAUGCUUGGGAAUUCUCAAUGGCAGUGAAGCUGGACUCAGAAACCUCAAUGUAAUUGGAGACAUAUCUCUGCAAGACCACAUGGUUGUCUAUGACAAUGAGAAGCAGCACAUUGGAUGGGUUCGUGCGGCAUGCAAUAGGCUCCCCAAUGCUGAUGACCAUGGCCUCGAGGAUGGUGAUCUGUCUCAAUAUGCCAGCAUGGGUGUCCUAAAAUGAGAAAGGCCUUCAUACUACCACUGGAAAACAGUAAACAGUGUGAUUUCUGAUACAAGUAAUGCCCCCCCUCAGAUAUGUAUGACUCUUUUUGUUGCAGCUCAGAUAUGUAUGAUGAUAGGGGGUUGUAUUUUCCUAUUUCUUUGGAUGUAAUCAUAGUAAGACAAAAUAAAAGUCAUAUACAGCAGCACUGGGACAGUUCAUGGAUCAAAA